AUGCGACUCACCGGAGCUAGUUCCAGCUCGACAGUCGUGACCUCGUGGUUGUCAAGCGAGUUGGCCGCAUUCACGUCGACGUCACAAGUCCCGUUGCUCGUCUCCAACUGGAGCGCGGGCGUCGGCUGGAAAGAGGCAGAGCAGGGAGGAGAGAGUGAGAGAGUGAGAGAGCCGACUGCGAGGCAGGAGACGCGAGAGUGGCUGCCGUCGAGACCGGACAAGACACACUCGCAAAUGUCUCUCUUUUUCCCGCCACACGCUGGCAACAAGCGUCGAAUGUCGCUGGCCGCGCCAACGUGGCUGAAGGCACCGCGUCGCGACUCGGCCGCCGCCAACAACGCGUCAAGUCGGCGCUGCGUUGUUGUCGGUCAGCCGGACUCGGACAAGGUGCCUUCAUCCGGUCGCCGUGGCAACAGAGGCAAAGCGACUAGUUGUCCUGUGGACGCGAGAUUGCGAACCGACCAGCGACAGUCGAUGCGUGUGUGCAGUUUGUGA